AUGGUUACAACGACACCCGCCACACACAGAAUGGUCACUACGACAACCGCCACACACAGCAUAGUCACGACGACACCCGCCACACACAGAAUGACCAAACCCGACCAGACCAGACCAUACCAGACCACAGACCAGACCACAGACCAGGCCACAGACCAGACCACAGACCAGGCCACAGACCAGGCCACAGACCAGGCCACAGACCAGACCACAGACCAGACCACAGACCAGGCCACAGACCAGACCACAGUCCAGACCACAGUCCAGAUCACAGACCAUAGACCAGACCACAGACCAGACCACAGACCAGACCACAGACCAGACCACAGACCAGAACACAGUCCAGACCACAGACCAGAACACAGACUAGAUCAUAGACCAGACCACAGACCAGACCAUACCAGACCACAGACCAGGCCACAGACCAGACCACAGACCACACCACAGACCAGACCACAGACCACACCACAGACCAGACCACAGACCACACCACAGACUAGACCAUACCAGGCCACAGACCAGACCACAGACCAGACCACAGACCAGACCACAGUCCAGAACACAGACCAUAGACCAGACCACAGACCAGACCAUAGACCAGACCACAGUCCAGACCACAGACCAGAACACAGUCCAGACCACAGACCAGACCACAGACUAGAUCAUACCAGGCCACAGACCAGACCACAGUCCAGACCACAGACCAUAGACCAGAACAGACCACAGGCCAGACCACAGACAAGACCACAGACUAGACCACAGACCAGACCACAGACCAUACCAGACCACAGACUAGACCACAGACCAGACCACAGACCAAACCACAGACCAGACCACACACCAAACCACAGACCAAACCACAGACCAAACCACAGACUAGACCACAGACCAGACCACAGACCAGACCACAGACCAGACCACAGACCAGACCAUACCAGGCCACAGACCAGAACACAGUCCAGACAACAGACCAGACCACAGUCCAGACCACAGACCAGACCACAGACUAGAUCAUACCAGGCCACAGACCAGACCACAGUCCAGGCCACAGAGUAG